CAAUCACCACGACGUUUUUGACGCGAACUCAUGCCAAAAAGCAAAAAACCAUUCAGUAUUUUGACAAAAAUGCAACAACAGUGAAGUGAAACUGUGUUUAAAGUAGAACCAGAACUAGAAUGUCGUGCAACUGAUUAAAAGUGCUAGUGUUCGUUUAAUACUUUUUAAAGAUAAUAUUCCUAAACUACUGUGCUAUUUUUGUCAAGUCGCUUUAGAGCUGUGUUCUCGGACCUAAUAAUCUUUUUGGAUUGGAAUCUAACAAAAUGAGUAAAGCUAAUGCGCUAGCGGGUUUAAUUGGCAAUUACGGUGACUCAGAUGAUGAUUCUGAUGACGGAGGAGAUAACUCAAAAACGAAAAGUAAAGGCAAUUUAACUGGUCCUGGUGCUCAAUGCUUUGCUGGCCCACCGCCCCCGGGGACCGCAUACGCAGCAGAAUCUGGUGCUAUCCAUCCGGCUCCGAUUCCACACUGUCCCUGGUCAGCAUGCUAUGAUGAGAACAGUGGCUUCACAUAUUACUGGAACCAAGUUACAAAUGCAGUGACUUGGGAGGCUCCUCCUGAAUAUCUACUAGCUUUGAAGCUGGCCCAGCAACAGUUACAUACGUCAGGAGCUACAGAAGUAUCAGCUGAAGAGUGGCAGUUGUACCAGCAAGCCUUAGCUGAGAAACAGAAUACACAGACCAAAGUGAUAUCGAAACCUCCCGCUGUCAAGCCUGUUAAGAAAACUACUACUCCCACAGACAAACCUACCAAAGCUGGUAGCAAACGGAGAGCUAGUGAUGUGGAUGAAGACAAAAUAGAAUUAAUCACAUCAUAUCACAACUCGGACUCUGAUUCUAAUGAUGAGCAAGAGAGUCCAGUGAAAUCUCCACCCAAGCCACCACCGGUUACGACUCCUAAGCCGCCUAAACUGCCCAAGGUUCAAACUAAAAAGUCAAAGAGCAAAUCGCAACCGAAAGAGUUUGGACCGGCUCUGCCACCAAAUCAGGAAUACACAGUCCCUAUUGGACCAGAGAUUCCUCCUGAGUUCUUAGUAGAGACACCUAAAGAAGUCAAAGAGACGCCACCUGCACCCGUUAUAGAAGAGACAUCAACAUCCACUCCAACACCGACUGAAAACGAUGACAGUCAAGAUGAAUCGUUAUUGCUAACAAAACUGAAAGACAAAGCUAAACUCCUUGAAAAGCUUGGUGGUGAGCUACCAGCAGAAUUACAAGAAAUAAUUCGAUCGGAAACAAAUUCAAAAGCAUCCUCUCCCCUAGUAGUUCAUGAAGGAAAUGAUACAGAAACAGAUAGCAGGUCUAUCGGAGAUAUUGAUGAUUUAUUAGAACAAAUUGAAAAGAAAGAAUUGCCUAAAGUCAAAAAUAAAAUUGACAUAUUCAGUGAAGAAGUUAAAACAAGUGAUAGUGCAAGAAAUUCGCCUCGUAGCAAUGGAAAUGUGUCACCGUCUGGAGAUGAAAUCAAACCGUUAUUCCCUAGUAGUAAGAAUAUAGUAGAUGCGCCCACAACUUCAUUAUUUCCUAGCUCUGCAAACAUACAAGAGAAUGGUAUUGAUAAAGAGGUAAAAGAGAAUCCAAUUGUCACUGAAAAGAAAGGUACUAAUUUGUACCUUAUGGGUGCUGGAGAAAACAUAGAAAAUACUUCCAGAAAGAAGUUAAGAAUAUCGAAUUCGGUAUUGCCACCAAAGAAGGUCGAGACUCCAGCGUAUACUACGAAGUAUUCACAGUUUAUUGAAGGUUUCACGAGUGAAAGGACCGGAUUAGGUUUCAGUAAAGAUGAUACUGAGGCUGAUACUAGUACAAAGAAAACAAACACAAUAAGUUAUGGCAAUGGUUUGAUGUUUACGAAGGGAGAGAUUUUGAACGAGGACAAGAAAGAUGAAGAUCUGGAUGACAUGUCGGAACUGGUGGAGUCCAAGCUGAAAUAUUUGAAUCAGUUGCAGCCAAAUCCCGUGUCUCCAGUGCAAGAGAUGAUGAUUCAGAUGCAGACGCUGGCGCUGGCAUUCCGCGCGGGCGCAUUAAGCGGCGGUUACUGGCGGCGCUGGGUGAGCGGCGCGCGCGCGGCGCUGGCGGCUCACGAGGCGGCCGCGGCGCCGCCGGGCUGGCGCUGCGUCUUCCAGAGGUCGGAAGGGCGCUACCGGUACGAGCGAGAGAGCGACGGGCUGAUGCAGUGGGAGUAUCCUGCUUCUACCAACUGCGACAUGGAUAUCUGCACUACGCCACCGCAUCCUGGGGUUGAAGCCAAGGAGGAAACCCUACCACCGCUGCCUCCAUCGCCGCCGACCGCGCCGCCGCCGCCGCCGCCGCCGCCGGCCAAGCCGCGCACGCCGCCGCCGCCCGCCUGGGACGACCCGCCGCCGCCCGGCUGCGACGACAUCGCGCCGCCGCUGCCGCCGGAACCACCGAAGCACGAAAUUGGCGAUGAGCUUCAAUCCUUCUACAAGGAUAUCGCCGAGCUGGAGAAAAGCGUCACGCCAAAAUCUUCGCCGCCCGCUUCCCCGCCGCCGCCGCCCAAAGAACAUAAGGAGAAAGAGAGGGAUAGAGAAAAAGGCAAGGAGAGAAAGAGAGAAACGGAAAAGCCGAAGGAGAAGGAGAAAGAAAAGGAAGUCAAGACGAAGAAAAAGUCGAAGGUGAAGAUAUCGUCAUCCAUCGGCAUGAAGCACAAAUCGGUCUCCAGCCUAGUAGCCAAGUGGCAGCAGGUGGCCGAAGAGAUCAACUCGGACUAAAAACCUCUUAUAAUUCAAUACAAUAUUUAUCACUAUAACUUAGCAUAGGACUCGCUAGAAAUCUGUUGAAAUGUAAAUACAGAAACGAAGUUGCAUGCUACUUUGGAAUGUAAAGCUUAUGCUAUGUAGCAGACGACUCAUAUUCGCCCAUACCGAACUAGGGCCUUGGAAUGCAUCAUGCUUUUGUAACAGUGGCUGGUCAAACCACUUUUACUGUUUGUAUCGUGGUGUGUCUUGAUGUGACUGAAGUGAAUUUUUAUUAAAAAAAACUUAAUUUUGGCUGUAGGUCACGCGCUAAAAUGUAGAUGGCGUUGCUAUAGUAUUUCAAGCAAAUUAGUAUACUUGAUUUAGUACUAGAUGGCGCGUGACAAAUGUUUCUCAUUGUAUGUCCGAUGUGAUGUUAUAUUAAUCAUAAUAUUAACAUUUACGCUGUUUGUGACCUUAAGGUCUAUUAAUUUAAAAAUAACAUCCAUAUAUUUUGUAAUAGCUAAAGCAUUUAAACAUGUUAAUAUUUUAAGCAAAUUGUUAAACUGAAAAUUUAAGGAAUUGAGUGCAACGACAUGCAAUACAAAUUUCCAUUUACCUAACAAUAAAAUCUGAUUAUAACUAGUUAUACAUAAGUGUUGUUUGAAAAACAGUUUUAUAAUCACAAGUAAAGUUUAAAACGUCAAUAAUUACUAUAUUUACGGGCAAUUAAUUGUAAAUAUACAUUUAUAAUUAGAAUACAAAAUACAUUUGUAAAUAUUUUUUGUAUAAUAAAACGUAUAAAAAUUA